AUGGGGCCUUCCGAACUAUUCUCAGCCUUAUCUGCAUCGGUCUGGUCGGAAAGCAAAAAACGAGCUGAAUCAGCCUACCAGAACUACGGCAAAAUCGACUCCUUCCGUCCCUACUUUGACGUUGAGCCAAAGGAAGUUUUAGGUCGAAUCUUGAAAUCUAUCGAUCCUCGUCCGCCUUCCUCUCUCAAUUCUGGUCAUGACCUCUAUGGACCCUUUAUGGCCUGUCUUACAUUGAUUGCAGUUCUGCUCUUCGAAAUGAAACUCUCCGACCACAAGGUGCAAGAAGGCACCCUAAUGGGGUCCGCAUUCUUGACCUGUUUUGGUUACUGGUUGGCUUCCUCCGGCAUCCUACUUGCCAUCUGCUACUUUGGCAAAUCGUCGAUUGCCUUCACGCAAAUCCUCUCUUUCGUGGGCUAUGCGUUGUGUUCUACUUGCGUUGUUCUCUUUGUUUGUGCGGCCAAGCAUAAUGAAGCAUCCGAAACGUUGUUUUUCGUGCUUUGGGCACUUGCACUGAUAAUGUGGGUGAACAUCCCGGAAAGGGGCUGCCGCAUUACUGGUGCUGUGGCCGCGUUCGCAUUGCACAUGCUACUCGUUCCCUACCUCCACUUCGCCUAUCAUGGAAUCGUUCAAGAUAUUUCAAAUGUCAUCGGUAAUGAAGGUAGUAAACCAGAUCACAGGCAAGAUCUCUUCGUAUAUUGCUAUUUGCUACUAAUAACACCCGAAACUUUCUAG